AUGGGGCGCCCUCCGCCUCGGCCGCUCAUGGCGGUGGUGGUGGUGCUGCUGCUGCUGCAGUGCUGCUGCUUUCCUGCUGCUGCAGCGGGAAGUGAAGAAUCCUCUGAAACAAGCCACGUGAGCAGCGACAGAGCAGGGGAGACCGAAGGGGCCGAAGUAUGGAGAGGGCAGCAGGAGACAACGGAGGAGGAGGAGCUGUACCCGCCCGCUGCACCAGAAGCAGCAGCAGCAACGACAGCAGCACCAACAGAAGCAGCCACACCCGUGGGGGCAGCCACCACCGCAGCAGAAACAGAAGCAGAAGUCCUUUCCUUUGAAGAUCCCCACGGUGUCAGUACACUCGAACCACAAAUCCCCCAGCUGGGGGCUGAAGCAGGUGCUGCGGUUGCUGCCCACAUGGCUGCGACCGAGGAGGAGGAGCUGCAGCAGCAGCUGCAACAGCAGCAGCAGCAGCAACAACAGCAGCAGCAACAGAAACACGACCAGCAUAUGACUGAAUUCAAAGAAGCGCUCAAAGCACAACUCGGUAGAGGAGCUAAACAACUGCAUGGGCUCCGCUUGGAUAUUAAUUGGCUGAAGUCGGCUGUAAAGGAUCUUGACCUCACCAAGGAAACUCUCAAUCAGCCGCACCCGUCUCAGCCUCUUCUCGACUUACUGCUAGAGCGAACAGCUACAUUAGAGUCGCGUGUAGCGGAGUAUAUUGAGGGAAAUUUUACAGAAUUUAGAGAGCAACUGGGGGACCAUAUUGCUCUCAAGUUGCUGCCGCUUCACCAAGACUACGUAGACACGACGUACAAGGCGGCCACUUUGGUAGCAGAUCUGAGGAAAGUGACAGACGACCUGCGGCGGGUGGAAGCGGAAAUCAAUGUCAUUGCUGCCGAGCACCUGGAGAGGGUGCGGGUGUGGGCGGCGGAGCAGAGCCUGAAGUUUGAGGAGGCAUUAAGAGAAGCACAGCCGCGUUUGUUAGAGAGGUUUGAGCAGCAGAAGAGACAGGAACAGACGCGUGUAAACUUUGCUGUCUUAGAGGAGAUUAAAAUAAAAGCAGCAGCAGAAGAUGCAUUAAAAGAAAUCGCAACAAGAGGAUCAGCCUUCACCGAUCUCAGCGGCUGCUGCACCGGAUACACUGCAGCAGAGGUUGCAGAAUUGCUGAUGCAUGAACUUGACAAGCUCAAGGAACCAAAUCUCCGCAUACGCGUGGCUCGUCAGAUAACGGAUGAGUUGCUGCUGCGGAAGAUCCCCAAGUUGGCGCGGUUGCUGCCUCAAGCAGCAGGAGAUUCAGUGAUAGCUAGGGCAGCAACACUGCAAGCAGAACGAGCUCUUAAGGAUGCACGAGAGAGACUUGCUGGGCUACCUACGCAGCUGUGGGGGGCCCCUCAGCAAUCUGUGCAGCCUCCAUUAUAUAUGCUGCAGAAGCUGGUGUCUUCAUUUCGUCGGUGUUUCAGCCGAGCUGCCUAUACACCCCAAGGUGAAGAAGGCUAUUUUCUACUGGCUAUAGAUGGUGUCCUCGUAGAUGCUUCUCGCAUCACGCCCAAUUCUAUUUCUUCUGUUGUUGUUCAUUAUCCUCCUCCAGAGGUACCUUUGGGGCCCUUUAUUCAGCAUGAAUACUACGGCACUGCCCUUAGUAAGGCCUUCACCUUCGUCUUGAGAAGUUCUUCGAGGCCUCAACCUGAUGUCUCCCUUGCCUAUACAUUCCCUCCUCCUUUCCCGUCUCCAUGCUCACGCAAAACAGACUUCAGCAGCAGCAACCAACAGCAGGAGUAUCAGCAGCAGCAGCAGCAGCCAACGUGCCCCAGAGGGGCCCAGUGUGAUGCUGCUGGUGGCCGGCCUUCCCUCCCUAAAUAUCAUAACCCUUUCGAAGAUUGUACGGGGCCUCCAGGACACGCAGCAGCAGCAGGAAGAAGUGCGGCUGCUGCACCAGCAGCACCAGUAGCAGCAGCAACGAGAGAGGGUUCCGAGGGUGCCGCCACCAGUGCCUCAGCAGCAGGAGCAGCAGCAGCAGGAACAGCACACAGCAGCAGAGGGGACUUCGCAUCUGAGCGAGUAGAAUCAUACCCAGCAGCAGAUAUCAAUUUGAGGGAGACUCUAGAUACUGCAGUCAACAGCGACGCAGAGGCAGAAACGUCUCCUGAUGUUGCAAGGCUGCAGGCUCUUCUAGAAGAAGAGUAUAAAGAUGAGGCAGCAGCAGCAGCAGCUGUUGCUGCUGCAGGAGGCAGCGCUGCAGCAGGCUCAGCAAAGGCUUCAGCAGGCCUCACCAUGCGCAAGCUGCAGCAGCAGCAGCAGCAGCAUCUGCAGCAGCAGCAGCAGGAUGAGGAGCAAGCUUUCGCUCCUCCUGAUUGCGGCUAUGAGGAGAAUGACCAGGGAAAGAAAGAGGAAAGUAACGCUAUGGGGUCUUCUUCUUCUACGCAUAGACGUUUCGUGCAGCAGCACGAGCGGGAUCUGAGGGGUUUGCUGCAGCAGCAGCAGCUGCAGCAGGAGCGUGAGCCUCCGGCUCCUAUAGACGCUGAGGAAAUCUGGGGUGAAGAGGUAGAGAGCGAUCACGCUGCAUCAAGCAGUCAAAAGAACGAGAAAGGGGAGACAGGAACAGAUGUACAAGAAGCUGUAUUGGUAGUUUACGUAGGAAGUCGUGCUUCAGGGUCUCCUUUAUCCGAUGGUGAUGCCUCUAUGGAUGUUGUAGAGAGGAGACAGAAGCUGCUGCAGGCAGCAGCAACAAAGCUGCUAGCUCGCCUUACGCAUAGAUCUGUCGCUCUUGACGGUAGACAGGGAGAUAUUGGUGUUAGGGCCUUUCUAGUGUCUCUACGCCGAGAACAGAGACUGCAGCAGCUACCUACCUGGGCUCUUUCCUAUUCAGAAAGACGCUUGCAGUCUCUAGGUGUGCGUCUUCAUGUAGGGUUUGGAGAUGCUCCUCUUCUCCUCCUGCCUCUUUCUCCGUUCUUCACGCGUUCGGUUCUGCUGAUUCGCGUGCAUACAACCGCAUGCAGAAGGGGUCAGUAUGCUGUUCCCUCUGUUGAGGCAUUAUCUCUUGCUUUCUUAUCAGUAGCCUUUCCUGGUGCAGAGGCAGCAGCAGUAUUUAGCUGCAGGAAGCAGCUAGAGCGCCCUUUGCAACACCAUACCGAGCAGCAGCAGCAGCAGAAGCUGCAGCAGCAGCAAGAGCAGAGCGGAGACAACUCGCAGCAGCAACAGCACGAGCAUUCUUCUUUCACUCACUCCCCACAGGAUACCCUCGAUGACGGACUGGUGGAUGCUGCUGCUACUGCUGCUGCGCAGGAGCAGCAGCAGGUGCUGCAGCAGCGUAAUCACCAGCACAAGGCGAACGGGAAGCAGCAGCGGCAACAGCAGCAGCAGCAGCAGAGGGAGCCGCUGAUUCCUAUGGUGAAGAACUGGGCCUAUCAUGGAGGCAUGUCAGGGAGGAGUUCUUCUGUAGUGCAUCUUGUUUCUGAAGGAGAUUCAUUUGGGGUGUACAUACAGCCUGGGGGAGUGAGUGAUUCAGUGCAUGCGCAGGCGCUGUAUCAGGAAGCAGCGGCAGCAGCAGCAGCAGCAGCAGCAGGUGGGGAGGGAGAAGUAGGUGGUGCUGCUGCAGCUGGGGCUUCAUGCUUGACACCUCGGGGUGUAUACGCAGGUCAUGUAGCUAAAGGAAACCAGUGUUUAUCUGCUGGGGAGUUAGUGGAGUUUGUAGCUAAUACCAUGCAUGCGAAUGUUCUUCCUUCUCAAUUUCAGCGUCCUUUAAGGGGUCGUUCUGUUAUAGUUAGUAUUGAUGACCAUAAAGAAGUCAGACCGGAGAGCUUCCUCGCUGUGGAGUUAGCUGCUGCAGCAGAAGCACGAAGACAAGGAAAAAAUAUCCUUCCGUGA